AUGUCGACAGCUCUAGGAACAUCCAUCGUCUUCGCCAUAUCACUCCUUCUCAUUGUGAUACUGGGUAAGAGACAGAAAAUCAAAUACACAUCAAACGACCCAGCGUUAUGUCGCCAAAUCAUUGCCGGCACGUUGAAACAACAAGACCAACCAAAUACCCUCUCACCACACCAGUCAAAAGCCAUAGCCAAUAGACAUCUUCCCAUCGCCUUCCAAAUCGAUAACGCCUUCACCCGAACAGAUAGCGUCCAUGCCAGUAUGUUCGUAGAGAAAGUCAAACCUUUGAUCAAUCUAUCGGCGAAGCAGUGGCAAAGCGUAUCGGAGUUCGCCAGAGUCACAGCCAACCACUGGGUCGAGCAUGGCUUUCCCAGACUAGAUGAUAACAUCUGCCACAAAGAAAAGCAGAAGCCGAGCAACAAUAAGACCAAGAUCGACCGUAAUCGAAUCAACAUCGCUAGUCUAGCACAAAUACUUUCAUUGAAAGUCGUGCUGUAUCUUUUCUUCAAGCAAAAGCCCCAAGACCAACCAUGCGAUGAGAAUCUCCUGAGCUUAGCACAGUCUAUAAAUCGAGUCUGGAUAUCUUCCAAGCUGAAAUCUGCUGAGAACGAUACCCCCAGAUUCGAAGACGAUGUAGUGCUUCAGACUUCUCUCGUCAAUAUCUUCGGAAAUCACGAUCUCCCAGAGGAUAACCCGCUGAACCUCAUCCUUCCUUCCUUCGAGACUAUGUGGCGAGUCGUCCUACGAGCCUUGCUAGAGAUCAGGUUCGCGACUGGGAAAGAAGUACCAGCAUGGCGGGAUACAAUGACUGCAUUCUCUGAGAACCCUACCAAAUCCCAAUUCGACGCAGGCACCGCAUACCCGUCUAGCAAUGAGCCUGGAAUAGCUGAUACGCGGUGUGUUCGGGGUUCACCUAGUGCGAAACAAAUAGUACUCGAAUCACUUCGGCUAUACGUGCCUACGAGACACAUACAUCGAGCGUACCAGUGGGAUCAGAGUAUGGGUGCAUGCCAUGAGAUAGAAUCCGCUGAUAUCGAGGGAUGUCAUGUGAGGUCUGAUAUCUGGGGUUCUGAUGCAGAGAGAUUCAACCCGAAGCGCUGGUCUGCUCUUACGCCGGCGCAGGGAGAUGCGUUUAUGCCUUUUGGAUGUUCGCCGUUUGAAUGUCCUGCCAAGCCGAUUUUUGGACCACGGAUGAUUGGGGUUUUGGUUGGUGCUUUGUUGGCGGCUUUGGGGGAUAAAGAGCGGGCAAAGAAUUGGGAUUUGGAUUGUGAAGAUGUGAGUGUGUUGGAACACUUUAAGUCUGGGAAGAAGUUGUGUCCGCAUAGGAAUUCUUAUACGGAUUUGUAUCUAGUGCGGUCUAUUUAG